ACCCGCCGCAGCUCGGGCCCGGAUGUUCCGCGCCUCACCGCGACCCCGCCCGGUGCCUCAGCUCCGCUCCCGGGCUCCCGGCGGUUCCCCGCGGCUCCCCGCGGCUCUCAGGGCUCUCUCCGCGUCUCGCCGGCUCUCAGCCUGUUCGGGCUCCGUUUGGUGCAGGAGGGACGGCCGACAGCACGACAGCCACCAGUAUGGUCAGAUGAUGCGCUCUUUUACCUAUAGCCUGACUUUUAUAGCAGAUUUAACAGGGGCGGGUAGUGUCUCACGCAAGAUUAUCGGUUAAAAGCACUCAGACAACUGCAUGAAACAACCCCACCUGCGAGGAAACGACCCCCUUGUGAUUAAGCAGUCACAUAGAUCCCGUCCUUGAAGCCAGCUGCUGGCAACAAUAUUUCUUAAAUUCCUCAUCGGGCGAUGUGGGAACACUGUCAGGGGAACUUCUCGUAGUCGUCCUGGCAGCGUGGUUUGCUCAGCUGCAGCAAGCCGUGGGAUCUUGGCUGUUUCAGAAACCCCCCAACACACGGCCACGCUCACAUAACGCGCCGUGCAUCCCAUGAGCGAUGUGUCCCAGCGCACAGACACCCACACCCUGUGGCACGAGCAGCCCCAGGUCCCCUCGCAAGCGGCACGGAGAUGCUUGAACAACGGCAGAACAGCAGCGGGCGAGAUGCUGUGACAGCUCAAAAGGAACCGAGAACAUUUUGAUGUGAUACUCAGGAGUCAUUCGUCCCCCAGCAGCCUCCUCUCCCAUUCGCCUGUCGCCCCACCGUGCAGGCAGGAACACGGCGAAGGGCCUUGGCCUCACAGCGGAUUUCAGAGGCCUGGGGCUGGUUCCUGCCACAGCCAGGACCGAGGGAAAUGCUCUGGUUUGCCCUGCGGAUGCUAGAUUGAGUUCUAGGACAAGUGCGGUCAUAAAAAUAGCUCAGGCUUUACUUCUCCGAUCACAUUUAAUUGGACAAACACUACCGGGCAGCUACAGUCGGACGCUUGGAGAGGGAAUCCAUGCUGCACGCCAUACCGGCCUUCAACAGGAAUUCAGGCAGCUCUGGAUCUUGCAGAAACAUUUCCCUGAACUGCUCUGUAUUUCAACAAAAUUAAUUGAGCUGUCUUGCUAAUGAACAUGCAGCUCUGUUUAGAGAAUGUAAAUCAGCUGGCAAGACACCUGCCAAGUCAAGUGUGUUAUCCUAAUGUAAUGGGUGACUCAAUACACAUUCCUAUGCUGGAGAUUUAAAUAAUCCCUUAAAGCACCGCUGAGAGCACCAGCGGCUUUGGCAGACAGAAGAAAACCUACCAAAGAGGAUGAACAAGCUGCAGAAACUGCUUCAGAGCAGGAUCCUGAUCCUGAUGGUAUGUGCUGCUGGGAUUGGAGGCACUUUCCAAUACGGUUACAACAUCUCCAUCAUCAAUGCUCCAACUUCAUACAUCCAGGUGUUCAUGAACAAAACCUGGCAGGAGCGCACGGGCGUUCCCCCGGAGGACAACAUGAUCCUGCUGCUCUGGUCUUUCACUGUCUCUGUGUACCCUCUGGGGGGACUCGCCGGGGCUGUUGUUGCUGGUCCCAUGGCCAUCAUGUUGGGAAGGAAGAUGUCCCUGCUGGUUAACAACGUCUUUGUGAUCGUUGCUGCCGUCUUGUCAGGAUUCAGCCAAAUAGCCAAAUCCUUUGAAAUGAUCAUGGUCAGCAGAUUCUUCACUGGCGUGAAUGCAGGUGUAAGCAUGAACAUUCAGCCCAUGUACCUGGCGGAAAGUGCCCCAAAGAAGCUCCGAGGAGCUGUGGCCUUGACCUCCGCAUCCUUUACAGCCCUGGGGUUGGUGCUGGGGCAGGUUGUCGGACUCAGAGAGCUCCUCGGAGGGGAGGAGAGCUGGCCAGUUCUUUUAGCUAGCAAUGCAGUGCCUGCCCUGAUCCAGCUCAUGGCUCUGCCUUGGUUUCCUGAAAGUCCCAGAUACCUCUUGAUUGACCGUGGAGAUAGAGAAUCCUGUGUUUCUGCCCUGCAGAAGCUCAGAGGCAACAGCGACCUGGGAGCGGAGCUGGAAGAGAUGCUGGCUGAACAGGCUGCUGCUAAAGGUCAGAGGGCGAAGAAGCCUUGGGAGCUGUUCCAAAACCCAGCUGUGAGGUGGCAGCUGGUGAGCAUCAUCGUGCUGAGCAGCGCCAUGCAGCUCUGUGGGAACGAUUCGAUGUAUUUCUAUGCAGCCUACGUGUUCCAGGAGGCUGGAAUUCCUCAGGAUAAAAUCCCGUAUGUUGUCAUCGGCACGGGGAGCUGUGAACUGAUCGCAUCCUGUUACCUGUGUGAGACUCUUACUGCAAACAUGAUCAUAGACUAUGCUGGUCGGAGGCCGCUGCUGCUGGGGGGCUAUAUCUUCAUGGCAGGAUGGGCCGUGGUCUUCAUGGUCGCCCUGAGCCAGCAGACUCGGAUCAGCUGGAUGCCCUAUCUCAGCAUGGCCUGCAUUUUUGCCUACAUCCUGAGCUUUGGAAUUGGACCAGCUGGUGUAACAGGAGUUCUGCCCACCGAGCUUUUUGACCAGAUGUCCCGGCCAGCUGCCUACAUGAUCUGCGGCUCCCUGCUCUGGUUCAACCUCUUUCUGGUCGGAACAGCCUUCCCGUUCAUUGUGAAAAGUCUCGGACAUUUCUGCUACGUCCCAUUCCUUGUGGUCUGCGUCUGCACUGCUCUCUAUAUUGGGCUCUUCCUUCCUGAGACAAAGGGGAAAUCCUUCCUGGAAAUCUCGGAGGAGUUCAGGAAACGGAACUUCAAAGCUCAGAGCCACGCAGUGUUGUAUAAAGGCCCUGAGGAGAUCAAAUCCACCGUGUUGUAGCAGAGGGAAGGAGAAUAGCGCCUGGGGGAAGCUCAGAGGUGGCUAUGUUCUCUUGCAGGGACACGGAGAGAGGAGGAGGGUUAGGGAGAACAUAUUACUCUUAGGUUCACCUUGAAAAGAUUUUAGGCCAAGGUGGAAAACGCAGCUGUUCGGUCCACAUUACUUAUUUACUUUGUUUGUUAAACUCCUCCUAAGCCACCACUUGCUCUCUCUUCCUGCCUGCACCACUAACACUGGACUUGUCCUUUGUCAGCCCUGGGGACGUUCUCAGUGACUGGCUUCCUGAAAAGCCAGCUGGAGGCUUCUUGUUAAAAACUGGUCAAGGGUGACACGAGGGUUCCACUGAAAUACUUUCGGACAGGUAAAUCAGAGAAACACCCUGACAGCAGCAAAACAUGGAUAGGCAAGGGAUCUGAUCAGUUUUCUCUAGGAGAUCGAUUGAUGUUACAAACUGUAGUGAGCCGCCUCUCCACCUGCUGAAUGCUCUAACACCUGAUGAACUAUUUUCUUGCUACACAGCUUAAAAAAUUGUCCUGCUGCUCACUUCCAUGAGUUGAAAUGCAAAGUACUUGCUUCCAGCCAACACUGAGACUCAGGCCACGCUGCCAGGUACCUAAAUACUGAAUUAGGAUACUAUGGUUAGGUAUUGAAAUCUGAAAUUGGGCCCCAAAGGCUGAGUUUAAGAUGGGCCUUGAUUAAAUAAAUAAAGAAAGAAAGAAAGAGAGAGAGAAUGAAAAAUCGAUUUCCUCCUUUCCCAAGGAGGUGUUCAUAGGUGCUCUUGGAUAAAUGCAUACACCCACUGAAGGGUACAUAGCUAGCAGCCAAAGCAUAUCAGCCUGCCACACACCACCAGAUCUUUGCUUAUAUAGAACUUCGUGCUUAUGGAAAUAAAUCAUGUUGCUGCUUAUUUAAAGCAAAUUUAUAAUGUACAUCAACUAAUAAAUCUCUCCAAAUAUUUAAAAAUCUAUUUUAAGUUUCCAGUAGUAAAUAACACAUCUAUAUUCACAUCUAUAUAUUAGAAUCCAUAUUAAUAGGGACAGACUGCUGCCUUAUUCUCUUAUCAUCAAUUACCACCAUGCAAUGCUUCAGCAAAUGUCUUCUAAGUAUCUUCUGUAUGUCUUCUCCACCCAGACAGUAACUUACACCUCAGAAGCCUUUUUUUGCUUCUAAAUCUGGGUUCUCAAACACAAAAAUUAAUACGAUUAAGUUCUUUUUUCAGAUACCAGAUGAAAUUCUCAGUACCUUGCCCAGUGCUCCUGUUGUUUCUGUUAUUAAGUGAUUUCAAAUCGCCCCCUACUUGUUGAGCAACAGUGAGAGUUAAUUAUUUUCAGCUAUAAAAACAUGUGACAGGUGGAUUAGGAAGAAAGCUUCUAGUACUUGCUAAGUGGCUUAUUAUACAACUGACUUUUGGGCAUUGUUUGCAGACAAUUUAUUCUGGGCUGGUUUUCUUCAUGGCUUGUUUCUUGCCAUCCAGUCCUCUGCUGUGAAGCACAGGUAAUUCUCCAGUCCCACGUGCACACCGUGAGCACAGACACUGCUGACGCACCCUGUGGGGCUCCCACUCCAUUUUACACCCACGUUCUGCUGAGGCUGGAGUGUGGUGAGGAGCUCCUAUAGCAGCUGCUUCUUCUGGAUGUGGAGAAGAUUCCUCGCAGCACGUUCUCAUUUGUCUCCACAGAGCAUAUCGGAAAAGACCCAGAUGUGAUGCUGAUCCUCUGUAGGUAGCCCGGUAGAGAACAGGGCAAAGCUUCUCAUUUAAUGUGGUUUUCACAGGCAUCAGGUUGACUGGUGAUGUAUUUCUGCUGAUGGUUGCAGCAAAGAAGAACGCAUACAUUGGCAAAACAAGUAGUUGAAGUUUCUUUCUGUAUAUUUGUAACUAAGUCAAUAAAAGUACAGCAUUUUUAAAUGGCAUGAAUGUAAACAUAACAUUUCCAGAGUGUAUUAUGGUCAUGCUGGGCACGAGUGGAGAGGCAGAUAUAUUUCUCAGAUGAGGAGUCUGUGCAAGAGCUGUCUUUCACUGUCUACAGUUUACAACAUAGGAAAAAUAAAUCUAAACUUUUGUUCA